CAAAAGUCACAGAAUGACAGAAAUUGAACAAUCACAAAUUUGCAAUUGACAGAUGUAUACAAUGAAUUAAAUAAUUUUUAUUAGUAUUUAAGUGUAAAAAAAUGAAUCGGUUAAGGAUACAUACCCGUGUUAAGCAGUUCGCCAGGCAGAUAGUUUAUGUUCCAAAACAUAAACCACCUAACCAUGAAGAUUUUGAGGUUCUCAAAGAUUUUUUAUCUAAACACAAAAAUAUUCUUAUCCUGACUGGUGCUGGUAUUUCUACAGAAUCUGGAAUUCCCGACUACAGAUCAGAGGAAGUUGGAUUAUACGCUCGAAGCAAUCACAAACCUAUACAAUACCAAGAAUUUGUGAAAUAUCCUAAAGUAAGGCAGAGGUAUUGGGCCAGAAAUUUCAUUGGAUGGCCAAGAUUUAGCUCAGUACAACCAAAUGCGACACAUUUAGCUAUCAGAGAGUUGGAAAAGAUGGGAAAGGUGACAUCAAUAGUGACACAAAACGUUGACCAUCUUCAUCAGAAAGCUGGCUCUGAAAAUGUAAUAGAACUUCAUGGCUCUGGGUACAUUGUAAAAUGUUUGAAGUGUCCUUACGAGAUAAGCAGAGAAGAGCUACAAGUGCAACUCUUGAAGAAUAACUCUUAUAUGGAAAGUAGCUUUACUAUGAUAAGACCAGAUGGUGAUGUAGAAUUACCUAAGGAACAAGUUGAUAAAUUUAGAUCUCCACUCUGCCCAAAAUGUGAAGGCCCUCUGAAGCCAGACAUUGUGUUCUUUGGAGACAAUGUUCCAAAACACAGAGUAGACCAAGUGAGGAAUGCCGUGUCCUCCAGUGAUGCAGUGUUUGUUUUAGGAUCUAGCUUAACAGUUUAUUCUAGUUAUAGAAUAAUUUUACAAGCCAGAGAUGAACAUAAGAACAUUGCUUUGCUAAAUAUAGGUCCCACUAGAGCUGAUGAUAUUAUACAGAUCAAAGUAUCUACCAAAUGUGGUGAUAUUUUACCUGAAUUAUGUAAUUCUAUAAAAAAUAACCUCAGUUGAUGUUUUAGUACCUGAUAUAGU